AUGCUUUCUUAUUACGGUAAUCGCAGAUGCUCUCCAUUACAUGGUAUCUUUAGUCUUUCUCCUGUGGAACGUCUUCAUAGGCGACAGUACGAGAUGUUCCGCCAACCAAGACAAAUAUAUACUAGAGAAUACGAUUCGGAUGGCGAAUUCCAAUUACAAAUACACAAACCUUAUGGAGGUUUUGAGGACUACGAGGUGACUGUUGUGCGGGAUCGCAAUGGAACUGCAUUUUUAAAGGUAUUUUCUGAUCACGAUCACUUUUUACGUCGCUAUGAAAUUGAUGUCACUGGAAUUAAUUUGGAGCUGAUUGAGUGGAAUUUGAAUAAGAAACACAACAUAUUAACUUUACAUGUCCCAAAGAUCCUUACCCGCCCAAAAACAGAGCGUCGUCAUCGUCACCACAAGAAGUCAAGACACAGACAUAGGGGAAGAAAUUCAAAUUCCAGAAACGAACAUGCAACCAAAUCAGAAUCAGAAGCAGAAACUCCCAGUGAAGGAGAAACUUCUGAUUAUACUAAUGAAUCAAUCGCUGAGUCGAGAACUGAUUCAAUGGACUCAAAGUCAGAUUACGUUGCCGAGCGUAAUGGCCUGAAUCAUCGCCAUCUGCCAACAAUGGAAGAGAUUGAGGAUGAAGAGUUUGCCCGUCUCCGCAAGGAGUUGGGUGGGCAGCCCUAG